GUUGACCGGCAUCCAUUCGAACGUAAAAGGACGUGAUUGCAACACAGUAGACUUGAACGGACCGGCGCAAGCUAGAUUGGGUUCGCAAGUCUACUUCCAGUGUCGACGGCUGACUGUCAGCGAGGUGCACCAAGGAGAUCUUAGAGCAUAAAUUGCGCCUGAUAACGGCGACGCGUGGGGUAUAGCAAGAUGAGCGAACACAAUUUGAAACCUGGUGACUGGAUAUGCGAUAGCUGCCAAACUCAUAAUUUUGCGAGUCGCACAGCUUGUUUUCGCUGUCACGCACCAAACCGUCUUCCAGCUACCUAUGGAUCAGCCGCUCCUGUAGCAAUGAAACCCGGGGAUUGGCUCUGUCCAAAACCGGGGUGUAGAUUUCAGAACUUUAGCUCACGGCAUGAAUGUAUGCGGUGUGGAACGAAGCGGCCGGGACAAGUUGGGCAGGGUAGCAGCGCGGGCAGCGGGGGGCUGGGUGGGAUGGGGAGGCCCGGCCAUGGUGUUUCCACGAAGAUACUGCCUGGGGACUGGAUUUGUCCACAGUGCUCCUUAAACAACUUUGCCUCUCGUACAAAAUGCAUGCAGUGCGGAGCGCCAAAUACGGGAGCAACACGUCCUGUCGAUCGACCUGGGGACUGGAGCUGUCCGAACGAGAGUUGUCGAUAUCACAACUUUAGCAGUCGAGUUGAGUGUUACAGGUGCGGAACACCUAAAAGUAUGGGUCAAACUCAAGUGAGUGGGGGUGGAAUGCAGUUUUCGAUGAGACCGGCCAAUCAGAUGAAGCCAGGAGAUUGGAUUUGCCCUAACGGGUCGUGUGGGUUUCACAACUUCGCAAGACGAGAGACCUGCGCCCAAUGCGGAACACCGGUCCCCUCUGGAACCGGCCAUGACAUCGCUGCGCAGUCCGCCCCUUUAGCGCCACCGGGAACGACUUACGCUCCAUUUCCAUCUUACGGACAGUCAUUGUUUUCUCAAGGACAUGAGUUUGCUGCGUUGGGCGGGUAUGGCACCUAUCCACCUGGGACUGAGGGAUAUAAUUAUACGUCGUGAGGUAGGACGGACAUGUGUGCCUGAAAGUGGAGACGUUCGCUGGAGAGGGGUUGCUGUAGAUCGCGGACAGUAUUAAGUAUUGCGGUGUCGUCCGUGUGAAGGGCGAGGAUAUGGUCUUUCGGAGUUUUGUUUUCAUGUUUUGUAUAGUUUUUCUUGUGUUUAUUUCGUCCGAUCAAAAGUACCCUCCCUUGAUCAUGUCUGAUCAAAUGUUCUACUGGGCGAGGACUGGAAUUUAUCAAUAUUGAGUACUGAAAGAGUUUUGCCACCCAUGCAUGGAUAUAGAGGAUAUAGGUAGCUGCCACAUGUGGAUGCAUUCAUUGGGUUCGAUCGUCCACUGGGGUCCACGUCAGUUAUGGAUUGUUCAUCGGGGGGCCCAACUGUUUCCAGGUUCACCCGAAGCUCUGGACGCCAAGUGAAAGCACUUGAACACGAUGCUCCAUGGAUAUGGGGCGUGGAAAGGCAUCGCGACCAGGGCGUAAUCUUGCAGUUGUGGAAAUGAGACGCGACGGGGAGGCUGGAGUCAUCGAAUUUCGUCGUCUGUCAUGCACGAAGAGAAUACUCGUAUGAAAGCAAGUCAAUAUUUCCAGGAUAUUAUCGAAUCAAUCCACUCGCAAAAUGUCCUUGCCCCAGUCGAUGAGGAUGCCGCUCGCAAAGUCUUCUUCACAGACCAAGAGUGGAUGCUGCCAUCCGGACGCCCGAUAGCUGCCCUGUCUGCUGCCGCGCUGGGAGCUCUCGCCUAUUCACUUCAAGCCAUAUGGAAUGUGAGGCGCGGUAGCAUGGCAGGGAUCGCCAGUGCCCGAGUUUCCCAGCGGGGAGCAGCAAUAGCGGUGCGAUCUCACAACUAUUGUCGGAUAGUAGACCCUCCGCGGAACCUGAACCCUUGGGAUCCUCUGUCGGGUUUAUAUGAGGCUGCGGAUGGGAGACAUAUCCAGUUGCAUUGCAAUUAUUCGCAUCACAGAGGUACGGCUCUCAAAGUUUUGGGUGUGGUUGAUGUCCCUGAUCUGGGAAGGGACAAAGUGAGCGACGCUGUGAGAAAGAGGGAUGCGCUAGAAUUGGAAACGCUGAUCACUGAGGCGGGCGGCUGUGCGGCAAUGGUCAGGACAUCUGGAGAGUGGGAUUCGCAUCCACAGCGGCGUGCGCUAACUCAACCUCCGCUCGUUACCAUUCGAAAGCUUAGGGACACCAAACCGCUUGCGGUUGGGCCUACAAGACCUGGUGCCAGACCACUGCAGGACGUCAAAGUCCUUGAUCUGACCCAUGUCCUGGCAGGCCCGACUGCGACAAAGGCGUUAGCGUCCCACGGUGCAAAGGUCCUGAGCGUUUCCUCGCCCAAUCACGAGCAAAUUGAAGCCGCGCUGGUCGACACAAACUUUGGAAAGCGGUCAGCGUUCCUCGACUUCAAUGAUGCAAAAGAUUUAGAAAAAAUGAAAGACCUGCUCAAAGAAACGGAUAUUUUUGUCCAAUCCUAUCGCCCAGGUGCUUUGGACGCAUUCGGGCUCUCUGCAGAUGCCCUGGCCGCCAUUCGUCCUGGGAUUGUGUACGUCUCAAUUAGCGCCUACGGUACCACAGGUCCAUGGGCUGGUAAACGUGGAUUUGACACACUCGUCCAGUGCGUCUCGGGGAUGGCGGACUCUGAAUCUGACUCUUUUGCAAAACCUAAACAUCUUCCGGCGCAGAUCUUGGAUUAUGCGUCCGGAUAUCUCGCUGCGUUCGGUGCCGUGCUGGCUUUACGUCAACGGGCGCUCGUCGGUGGCAGCUAUAGUGUCGACGUCUCUCUAGCACGGACAUGUGAAUGGGUACGGAACGCUGGAUUAGCGGAGUUCGAUAUCAGCCAAAUCAAGAUGCCAACGGAACAGGAUGUGGCAGACUUGCUUUUAACGACCCCCGGAACAGAAUAUGGUAAAGUGCAGCAUGUGAAUCAUGCUAUCGAAAUGAUCCCUGAGGAGUUCAGUCCCCGGUUUGAGUUGCCGACGUGUCGCAGGGGAGCACAUGCCGCUGAGUGGUGGUAAAUGGAAUUGAGACAUCCAAUGCCCCUCACGACCGGAACAUACCGUCUAUUCUGGCCAAAGCAUAUACAAAAGAAAGACAUGAAUAUAUAUAUACGAAUAAAGAUCAGUUACAAUAGCCAAUCGCAUCGCGACCCGUUCAUACAACGAAACGAUGUAGAUACUAAGAUUGCGCGCCUAAAUGUCUAUCCCACAACAGGAAAUUGUCCAUAGUCUAAAUGACAAUAAAAGUUACUAUCUUCUACACGCA